AUGCAUGAGCAGAGUUCGAAGAUUCUAGAAUGUUGUGGAGAACACCUUUUAUAUAAAGCUGCUUUGCGUUCCCACACGAAAACCUUGCAUAAAGAACGUUAUAGUUGCAACCUGUGUACACGACGCUUUUGCCGAAGAGCUCUACUGAGACGACACAUGAGUGUCCACAAUGGUUUAAAGGAAUUUUCAUGUGAACUUUGUAUUUAUGCUACCAGUCCCAAAAGCAGCUUGGAGAGACAUCAGUUUCGUAUCCACGAAAUUCCAGAGAAGAAUCAUCGAAAAAGGACUUCGGUGUCCAAACAAUCGGGAACGUCUUCACCAUCUUCUCUGGGUUUGCUUCCAGAGAAGAGGAAGAUAAAUCGUGUAAA